AUGCAAAUACAGUGUUACCACAACUGCACACCAAAUCCAAAAUACGAGUUCUGUGAUAACAAUGGAAACUUACAAUGCAAAUCCUGUCAAGGAUUCGGAUGCAUGUCAGACUGUUCAAAAAUUGAUCCCAGUAAAGGAAUGUGCAAAUGUGGACACGUGAUCUGCCAUGACAAUUAUUACGGAGCCCGGUGCAAUGCAUAUUGCAAAAACACUACUACAGGAUAUUGUGACCGGUAUGGGUCAUUAGUGUGCAAAGAUCGGUACUACGGGGAGAACUGUACAACCCACUGUACACCAAAUCCAAAAUACGAGUACUGUGACAACAAUGGAAACUUACAAUGCAAAUCCUGUAAAGGAUUGGGAUGUAUUUCUGACUGUUCAAAAAUUGACUCCAAUAAAGGAAUGUGUAAAUGUGGACACGUGAUCUGCCAUGACAAUUACUACGGAGCCCGGUGCAGUGCAUAUUGCAAAAACACUACAAGAGGAUAUUGUGACCAGUAUGGUUCAUUAGUGUGCAAGGAUCGGUACUACGGGGAUAAUUGUACAACCCACUGCGUUAAUGUUACAAAUGGAGUUUGUGAUGCACAAGGCAAUCUACAGUGUAAGGCGGACUAUUAUGGAGAAAACUGCACCACUUUCUGUCGUAGUCCUCACGGAAACUGUUCCAGUAAUGGGGUUAUAAAAUGUGAUUUAAAUUACUUUGGGAGGGAAUGUGAGCAAUAUUGUGCAAAUACAACGGAAUAUCACUGUAAUGAUAAUGGUGGGAAGGUGUGCAAUCCUUCGUAUUACGGGGAUAACUGUUCUAGAAACUGUUUGGAAACUAACACUUAUAUUUGCACAAAUGACGGUUAUGUCAAAUGCAAACCUGGAUUUUACGGGAACAAUUGCACAGUGCAAUGUCUGAAUACGACAUAUGGUAUCUGCAAUAGUUCUGGAAUUAUGGAAUGUAAUUACUAUGGCCCCAACUGUACCAUAUUCUGUCAAAACGUUACACACGGUACCUGUUCAAGAGAGGGACAACUCGACUGUGCUGAUCAAUACUAUGGAGCAAAUUGUACGACAUUCUGUCCAAACGUCACACAUGGUAACUGUUCUGAGAAUGGGACAUUAAAUUGUCAUCCAAAUUACUAUGGUGACAAUUGUACGAUAUUCUGUUCUAAUGUCACUCAUGGUACUUGUUCACUAGAGGGAAAACGUAUUUGCCGUGAAAACUAUUAUGGACAGAACUGCACCCAAUUCUGCCCAAACGUCACGCAUGGUACUUGUACACACGAGGGAGUACUUGAUUGUCACCAGAAUUACUAUGGCCCCAACUGUACCAUAUUCUGUCAAAACGUUACACACGGUACCUGUUCAACAGUGGUAAUACUCGUGUGUGGUGUUCAGUACUAUGGAGCAAAUUGUACGACAUUCUGUCCAAACGUCACACAUGGUAACUGUUCUGAGGAUGGGACAUUAAAUUGUCAUCCAAAUUACUAUGGAGACAAUUGUACGACAUUCUGUUCUAAUGUCACUCAUGGUACUUGUUCACUAGAGGGAAAACGUAUUUGCCGUGAAAACUAUUAUGGACAGAACUGCACCCACUUCUGCCCAAACGUCACGCAUGGUACUUGUACACACGAGGGAGUACUUGAUUGUCACCAGAAUUACUAUGGCCCCAACUGUACCAUAUUCUGUCAAAACGUUACACACGGUACCUGUUCAACAGAGGGAAAACUCGACUGUCGUGAUCAAUACUAUGGAGCAAAUUGUACGACAUUCUGUCCAAACGUCACACAUGGUAACUGUUCUGAGGAUGGGACAUUAAAUUGUCAUCCAAAUUACUAUGGGGACAAUUGUACGACAUUCUGUUCUAAUGUCACUCAUGGUACUUGUUCACUAGAGGGAAAACGUAUUUGCCGUGAAAACUAUUAUGGACAGAACUGCACCCACUUCUGCCCAAACGUCACGCAUGGUACUUGUACACACGAGGGAGUACUUGAUUGUCACCAGAAUUACUAUGGCCCCAACUGUACCAUAUUCUGUCAAAACGUUACACACGGUACCUGUUCAACAGAGGGAAAACUCGACUGUCGUGAUCAAUACUAUGGAGCAAAUUGUACGACAUUCUGUCCAAACGUCACACAUGGUAACUGUUCUGAGGAUGGGACAUUAAAUUGUCAUCCAAAUUACUAUGGGGACAAUUGUACGACAUUCUGUUCUAAUGUCACUCAUGGUACUUGUUCACUAGAAGGAAAACGUAUUUGCCGUGAAAACUAUUAUGGACAGAACUGCUCUCACUUCUGCCCAAACGUCACGCAUGGUACUUGUACACACGAGGGAGUACUUGAUUGUCACCAGAAUUACUAUGGCCCCAACUGUACCAUAUUCUGUCAAAACGUUACACACGGUACCUGUUCAACAGAGGGAAAACUCGACUGUCGUGAUCAAUACUAUGGAGCAAAUUGUACGACAUUCUGUCCAAACGUCACACAUGGUAACUGUUCUGAGGAUGGGACAUUAAAUUGUCAUCCAAAUUACUAUGGGGACAAUUGUACGACAUUCUGUUCUAAUGUCACUCAUGCGCAUGGUACUUGUACACACGAGGGAGUACUUGAUUGUCACCAGAAUUACUAUGGCCCCAACUGUACCAUAUUCUGUCAAAACGUUACACACGGUACCUGUUCAACAGAGGGAAAACUCGACUGUCGUGAUCAAUACUAUGGAGCAAAUUGUACGACAUUCUGUCCAAACGUCACACAUGGUAACUGUUCUGAGGAUGGGACAUUAAAUUGUCAUCCAAAUUACUAUGGGGACAAUUGUACGACAUUCUGUUCUAAUGUCACUCAUGGUACUUGUUCACUAGAGGGAAAACGUAUUUGCCGUGAAAACUAUUAUGGACAAAACUGCACCCACUUCUGCCCAAACGUCACGCAUGGUACUUGUACACACGAGGGAGUACUUGAUUGUCACCAGAAUUACUAUGGCCCCAACUGUACCAUAUUCUGUCAAAACGUUACACACGGUACCUGUUCAACAGAGGGAAAACUCGACUGUCGUGAUAAAUACUAUGGAGCAAAUUGUACGACAUUCUGUCCAAACGUCACACAUGGUAACUGUUCUGAGGAUGGGACAUUAAAUUGUCAUCCAAAUUACUAUGGGGACAAUUGUACGACAUUCUGUUCUAAUGUCACUCAUGGUACUUGUUCACUAGAGGGAAAACGUAUUUGCCGUGAAAACUAUUAUGGACAGAACUGCACCCACUUCUGCCCAAACGUCACGCAUGGUACUUGUACACACGAGGGAGUACUUGAUUGUCACCAGAAUUACUAUGGCCCCAACUGUACCAUAUUCUGUCAAAACGUUACACACGGUACCUGUUCAACAGAGGGAAAACUCGACUGUCGUGAUCAAUACUAUGGAGCAAAUUGUACGACAUUCUGUCCAAACGUCACACAUGGUAACUGUUCUGAGGAUGGGACAUUAAAUUGUCAUCCAAAUUACUAUGGGGACAAUUGUACGACAUUCUGUUCUAAUGUCACUCAUGGUACUUGUUCACUAGAGGGAAAACGUAUUUGCCGUGAAAACUAUUAUGGACAGAACUGCACCCACUUCUGCCCAAACGUCACGCAUGGUACUUGUACACACGAGGGAGUACUUGAUUGUCACCAGAAUUACUAUGGCCCCAACUGUACCAUAUUCUGUCAAAACGUUACACACGGUACCUGUUCAAGAGAGGGACAACUCGACUGUCGUGAUAAAUGUACUAUGGAGCAAAUUGUACUGCACAUUCUGCCCAAACGUCACACAUGUAUUUGCCGUGAAAACUGCACCCACUUCUGCCCAAACGUCACGCAUGGUACUUGUACACACGAGGGAGUACUUGAUUGUCACCAGAAUUACUAUGGCCCCAACUGUACCAUAUUCUGUCAAAACGUUACACACGGUACCUGUUCAACAGAGGGAAAACUCGACUGUCGUGAUCAAUACUAUGGAGCAAAUUGUACGACAUUCUGUCCAAAUGUCACACAUGGUAACUGUUCUGAGAAUGGGACAUUAAAUUGUCAUCCAAAUUACUAUGGGGACAAUUGUACGACAUUCUGUUCUAAUGUCACUCAUGGUACUUGUUCACUAGAGGGAAAACGUAUUUGCCGUGAAAACUAUUAUGGACAGAACUGCACCCACUUCUGCCCAAAUGUCACGCAUGGUACUUGUACACACGAGGGAGUACUUGAUUGUCACCAGAAUUACUAUGGCCCCAACUGUACCAUAUUCUGUCAAAACGUUACACACGGUACCUGUUCAAGAGAGGGACAUGUCGACUGUGCUGAUCAAUACGAUGGAGCAAAUUGUACGACAUUCUGUCCAAACGUCACACAUGGUAACUGUUCUGAGAAUGGGACAUUAAAUUGUCAUCCAAAUUACUAUGGUGACAAUUGUACGAUAUUCUGUUCUAAUGUCACUCAUGGUACUUGUUCACUAGAGGGAAAACGUAUUUGCCGUGAAAACUAUUAUGGACAGAACUGCACCCACUUCUGCCCAAACGUCACGCAUGGUACUUGUACACACGAGGGAGUACUUGAUUGUCACGAGAAUUACUAUGGCCCCAACUGUACCAUAUUCUGUCAAAACGUUACUCACGGUACCUGUUCAAGAGAGGGACAACUCGACUGUGCUGAUCAAUACUAUGGAGCAAAUUGUACGACAUUCUGUCCAAACGUCACACAUGGUAACUGUUCUGAGAAUGGGACAUUAAAUUGUCAUCCAAAUUACUAUGGUGACAAUUGUACGAUAUUCUGUUCUUAUGUCACUCAUGGUACUUGUUCACUAGAGGGAAAACGUAUUUGCCGUGAAAACUAUUAUGGACAGAACUGCACCCACUUCUGCCCAAACGUCACGCAUGGUACUUGUACACACGAGGGAGUACUUGAUUGUCACCAGAAUUACUAUGGCCCCAACUGUACCAUAUUCUGUCAAAACGUUACACACGGUACCUGUUCAAGAGAGGGACAACUCGACUGUGCUGAUCAAUACUAUGGAGCAAAUUGUACGACAUUCUGUCCAAACGUCACACAUGGUAACUGUUCUGAGAAUGGGACAUUAAAUUGUCAUCCAAAUUACUAUGGUGACAAUUGUACGAUAUUCUGUUCUAAUGUCACUCAUGGUACUUGUUCACUAGAGGGAAAACGUAUUUGCCGUGAAAACUAUUAUGGACAGAACUGCACCCAAUUCUGCCCAAACGUCACGCAUGGUACUUGUACACACGAGGGAGUACUUGAUUGUCACGAGAAUUACUAUGGCCCCAACUGGACAACUCGACUGUGCUGA